GCGGCAGGCGCUCGGCGCUCGUGAGGAGAUCGCGGAGCCAGGCGGGCCGGCUGACCAGGAGCCGGCAGGCACAGCACAAGCUCUGUCCACUAACUCGGGGCGCCACUGCACCCGCAGUCGGGAAGCGAGAUGAAGAUGGUCGCGCCCUGGACGCGGUUCUACUCCAACAGCUGCUGCUUGUGCUGCCAUGUCCGCACAGGCACCAUCCUGCUCGGCGUGUGGUACCUGAUCAGCAACGCUGUCGUCCUGUUGAUCCUGCUGAGUGCACUGGCCGACCCAGACCAGUAUCACUUCUCAAGUUCUGAACUAGGAGGAGACAUUGAGUUCAUGGAUGAUGCCAAUAUGUGCAUUGCGAUUGCAAUUUCUCUUCUGAUGAUCCUGAUCUGUGCGAUGGCCACCUAUGGGGCCUACAAGCAACACGCCGCCUGGCUCAUCCCAUUCUUCUGUUACCAGAUCUUUGAUUUUGCUCUGAACACGUUGUUUGCAAUCACUGUGCUGGUUUAUCCCAACUCCAUUCAAGAAUACAUACGCCAACUGCCUCCUAAUUUCCCCUACAGAGAGGAUAUCAUCUCCGUGAAUCCUACCUGUUUGGUCCUUAUUAUUCUUCUGUUUAUCAGCAUUAUCUUGGCUUUGAAGGGCUACCUGAUCAGCUGCGUGUGGAACUGCUACCGCUACAUCAACAGCAGGAACGCCUCCGACGUGCUGGUGUACGUGACCGGCAACGACACUACGGUGCUGUUGCCCCCGUAUGAUGACGCCACGGUGAAUGGGGCUACUAAGGAGCCACCGCCCCCAUACGUGUCUGCUUAAGCCAGGGAGCAGGGCAGCGGAGCAGACAGCAGCGGCUGGAUGUCCCGGGCAUGCGCAGUUCUGCAGUUCCCCCGCCGGGACUUACCACUUAGAUGUUAAGUUGAAAUCCUCCGUAGUCUCACACAUUUGCUUGAGCUAGAACACUGUGAUAGGUUAGCCUUGGGGUUCCUCCUGUUGGGGUGGGGGUGUAACAGGCUCCAUUAGUCUUUCCUGGGUAGGCAUCGAAGGUACUAGCCCCAAAUAUGGACGGACCUUGAGUCAGAGAAAUCUCAUUUUUCUACCCUGUGGGACAAUGAUGAUCAUCCUUUUUUUCCCUUUCUGUUCUCUGUAUCUGGUUUAGAAAGUAUAAAA